AUGGGAUAUUUUGAGAGAUCGAGGGGUUUCAAGUUUUAUUGCCCUUCAAGUAAUACCAUUAUUGAGAUAGAUAAUGCCAAAUUCAUUGAGGAUAUUCAGGAUAGUGGGAGUUCACAACCCAAAAAUAUUGUAUUUGAAGAUGAACAUAUUGAAAUACCUCUGAAAAAUACUGAUGGCGAUGAGAUGGUCACACCUGUCUUAGUACAGGAUGCAGAUGCGGAUCAUCAAAUCAUUUCUGAGUUGCCUUUAACUAAUAUGGAAGAACCUGAGCAGCCUCAACAAGAAGUGUCAUUAAGGAGAUCAAAUAGGGAGAAAAGAUCAGCAAUUGUAAAUGAUUACAGUGUUUAUCUCCAAGAGCAUGAGUUUGAUAUAGGAUUAGAAGAUGUAGGCAUCUCGCCAAUGAGGGCGUAUGUCGAGAAAACACUUAGUAGGUUUGACAUGCAAAAUUGUGCAUUUGAGGAUGCACCCAUUGCAAAAGGUGACAGGUUAAGUUUGCUCCAUUGCUUAAAGAACAAUAUUGAAAAGAAACAAAUGGAGGAUAUCCCUUAUGCAUCAGCUAUAGGGAGCCUCAUGUAUGCUCAAGUUUGCACACACCCAGAUAUUGUAUAUACAGUUGGAAUACUUGACAAAUAUUUGAGUAAUCCAGGCAUAGAUCAUUGGAAAGUUGCUAAAAGGGUAAUGUGGUACUUGCAAAGAACAAAAGAUUAUAUGCUCACAUAUGAGAGGUUAGAACAUCUUGAGAUCGUUGGAUUCUCAGACUCCGAUUUUGUUGGUUGCCUCGAUAGUAGAGAUCCACUUCAGGCUCUUCUGCAAAGCUGCCAUGGCGGCCAGGAAAGAAAGGUAGAUAUCGUUCUUUGCCUAGUCUACAUUGUAUACAUGGGAGAGCGGCCUCAAGGAGACUUUUCUGUUGCAUCAACGCACCAUUCCAUGCUCGAAGGAGUACUCGGAAGUACUUCAUUGGCCAAAGAGUCGCUAAUUUACAGUUAUGGGAGGAGUUUCAACGGAUUUGCUGCCAAGUUGACCGACGAAGAAGUUGGCAAGUUGUCAGAAAUGCAAGGUGUUGUUUCAGUACUUCCAAACCAUAAAUUAAAGCUUCACACUACAAGGUCAUGGGAUUUUGUGGGUCUCCCAAUUAGAAGCAAAGUUGCAGGCCAUCAAGGGGAUAUCAUUAUAGGGCUUCUUGAUACAGGAAUCUGGCCAGAGUCUGAAAGCUUUAAUGAUGAAGGGCUUAGCUCACCACCCAGAAAAUGGAAGGGUAUAUGCCAUGGUGCAAACUUCACCUGCAACAAAAAGAUCAUUGGAGGCCGUUUCUACAACAUCGACCAGUCAUUCGAGAGCACUGACUUCAUAUCUCCAAGAGAUUCUGAGGGUCAUGGAACCCAUACUUCCUCCACAGCUGCAGGAAGGAAGAUAGCAAGCGCAAGCUACUAUGGGCUAGCAAAUGGAACUGCGAGAGGUGGAGUUCCAAGUGCAAGGAUCGCCAUGUAUAAAGUUUGCUGGUCAACCGGAUGUUCCUCAGCAGAUAUCAUGGCAGCAUAUGACGAUGCAAUAGCAGAUGGAGUUGACAUUAUUUCAGUGUCCAUUGGUUUUGACGAGGUCGUCCAAUAUUUUGAAGACCCAAUUGCUAUUGGGGCUUUCCACGCCAUGAGAAAAGGGAUUUUGACCUCUGCUUCUGCUGGAAACAAAGGGCCAACCCCAUCAACCAUCUCCAAUUAUGCACCUUGGAUUCUCACUGUUGCAGCCAACACCAUUGACAGAAAAUUUGUUUCCCAAGUUGUGCUUGGCAACGGACAAGUAUACACCGGACUCUCCAUCAAUAGCUUUGAUCUAUAUGGAAAAUCAUUUCCCUUGAUUUGGGGUGGAGAUGCUGCAAACUACUCUGCAGGUUUUGACCCGGAGAUUUCAAAAUCCUGCUCCCCAGGUUCUCUUAAUUCAUACAAAGUUGAAGGAAAGAUUGUCUUGUGUCGAAACCCCCAGGGUGACACUGGCGUUCUGAGCGCUAAUGGUGUGGGAAUCAUUAUGACCGACUCAUUCACCAACGAUUUUGCCUUCAGUUACUCGUUACCAGCAACACGGAUAAGCACAGACGAUGGCCUCAAAAUUCUGGACUACAUUAGAUCAACAGAAAACCCAAUCGCAACUAUUUUAGUUGGUGAGACUUGGAAGGACGUUGUGGCACCUUAUAUUGCAUCCUUUUCUUCUAGAGGACCAAGCCUUAUCACCCCAGACAUUCUCAAGCCGGAUCUCACCGCCCCCGGAGUGGACAUUCUUGCUGCUUGGUCUCCUGUGGCACCACCUUCCAAUGACUUUGAGGACACAAGGAGUGUUAAGUUCAAUAUAAUUUCUGGCACAUCUAUGGCUUGCCCUCAUGCUAGUGGUGCAGCUGCAUAUGUUAAGGCUGCCCAUCCCAACUGGUCGCCUGCUGCCAUUAAAUCUGCACUCAUGACCACAGUUCACAAGAUGGACCCAGAGAAGCAUGAAGACCUUGAAUUUGCGUAUGGAUCAGGUCACAUCAACCCAUCAAAAGCCAUAGACCCCGGGCUCGUCUAUGAUUCAUCUGAGGCAGACUACAUCGACUUCCUUUGCAAGCAGGGCUAUAAUAGCACCACAAUAAGACUCAUCACUGGAGACAACAGUAGUUUCUGCACCACCACUGUGCCUGAAAGAGGUUGGGGGCUUAACUAUCCCUCAUUCUCCCUACCUGUGGAAGAUGGCUCACCAAUUAAAGCUGUGUUCACUAGAACAGUCACCAACGUUGGCCCUCCAACCUCGACCUACACUCUCAGUUUUCACAUGCCUCCAUCUAUUGCUGUUGUAGUGAAGCCAUCUGUCCUGUCAUUCUCUGCCAUUGGAGAGAAGAAGAAGUUCAGAGUGAAGGUACAUGGCCCAAAGAUUGCACAACAGCCGGUCACAUCAGGAGAGAUCGUAUGGACUGAUGGAGUUCAUGUGGUGAGAAGCCCACUUGUGGUUUACACAGUUCUCCCUGGUUCAACAUUCUCCACCUUCCCAUCUCAGAAAGAGCCAAAUUUCAAUUAAGAUCCUUCCAUGUAUCAUAAGAAUAUAUAUGGGAUCCUUGUGCAAAAAAUAAAUCAACCCAUAUUUUCUUUCAUAUUAAUUGUUUUUUAUUUAUUUAUUUGAGACGGCUUCAGCUUCAGCUUUAAUUGUAUUGCCUUUACAAGGCUGAAAUAAA